AUGAGGGGCAUUAUCUCCUUUCUCAUGACGUACUUCCUCAUGUACGCGACCGGUGACGAGCGUUUAAACCAGACGAAUAUCGUCGACUUCAUCGGACAAGGCAUCCAGAAGGAGAUACAGACUGUCAAGCAGCCUAUCGAUGAGACCAUUGCAUAUGUCGGAUCUUCACAAUGUAAACACGUGAAAAAAUUAAUUGGCGUGUCCUAUGAACAGCUGCAGGGCGAGAGCGAACCGAAUUUGAGUAAACUCACUCUAGUCUACAAAACCAGCGGAUACACCACGAUAAUAAACAUCACAUCGGCCGCGGAGUCCCUGCGUAAGGCUCGUACAUUCGACUCAGAUGAUAAACUGAUCAUCUUCAUACACGGGUUCACGGAUGACCCCACUAAGGACAGCUUCACUGAGAUCAGCAAUUCGUUCCUUAACAAAGGUCACCUGAGUACGAUAGCUCUGGACGGGAGCUCCCUGAUCCGCUGGCUCUACCUCCGCUCCACCACCUACGUGCGCUUUAUGGGCGAGAAGCUUGGAGAAACAUUGGCUUCAAUCGUCUACCAGGGUCAAGACCCGAAACUUAUCCACAUAAUCGGACACAGUUUGGGCGCGCAUAUAGCCGGUUUCACGGGGAAAACCUUCCACGACUUGACCGGGAAGAAAAUCGGCCGGAUAACUGGAUUAGACCCGGCCGGUCCUUGCUUCAGUCACGUCGACCCGGAGCUGAGGUUGAAAGAUUCAGAUGCAGAGUUCGUUGACGUAAUACAUACAGAUGCUGGUGUUUACGGAAUUAAGGAUCCUGUGGGCCACGUAGACUUCUACCCGAACAGCGGUGCCAUGCAGCCCAACUGCCUGUUUCAGACGUGCUCUCACUCUCGUUCCUGGCAACUGUUCGGAGAGAGCGUGGUCCGGCCCGACGCCUUCCCGGCGCUCAAGUGUAAGAGCUGGGACGCGUACAAGGAGGGCAAGUGUGAGAAGGACUAUAGCUACAUGGGCUACGCUACCAAACCAGACACCAGAGGACUUUACUACCUCCAGACCGCUGGCUCAUCCCCCUUCGGUCUAGGUCUUAGCGGCAUCAAGUACAAAAACAUGGAUGGUAUUGUCAAGAACAUUGGUAACAUCGGAGCUGGAAUAUUCGGAUAAUUGUUUGGAAUAAUCUCAAGAUUUGUUGACUUAGUUAUGUUAAUACGCUUGUUGCACUUGAUUAUUUUGUUUCAAUACGUUAAGUUUUACAAAUGAUCAUAAACUCUUAUUAUUCGAACUAUUAUCUACACUAACAAUCGUCUUGACUAAAUUUCUAAGGUUUAAAAUUUGUCUUCGGCUAACGAAUUAAUUUUUUUAACUAUUUUUUUAAAGUUGUGGUCGUGUUAUACCAAUUUUUUUUUCGUAAGCAAUUAUGACAGUUACCACUUACCUGUCAAUUUAAAAAAAUAUAUUCAGACCCAUUUCGUUUCUUAAGCAAGACUUUAAAAUAGAAGAGCCUAGCAAAGACUAUCUGACUAAUAUAUAUUAUUUAUAAUUCUAAGUGUUUGUUAAUAAUAGAGUAUAAUAUACAUUAUUAGUCUCUUUGAGUUUACACAAAAGUAUUUUUAUCACAUAGUUACCAUGAAGUUAUUAUAAAAUAAUUGUUACAGAACGUAAAACGAUGAGUAAAGAAUAAUGACAUAUAUUUAUAUAAUUCAAUAAACUUGCCAUUUGUAAAUAUGCCUGUGACAUAGAGUAAAUUGUUAAUAAUAAAAGCGUAAGAUACUA